AUGUUAAUCGCCAACAUCGCCUCAGCUCUGUUGCUCUUCUCCGGGUUUUCUGCCGCGGUGCCAAGCCCCAUACUUCCGCAAUCGAAUGACAACAUCCUAGAAAUCCGUGCGUCGAAGGAUGUCAAUCCGGCAGCCGUCACUGGCACUACGUGCACAGACAAGAACGCCAAGAUUGAUACCCACGACAUGAACGUCGCUACACUGGCUAUCUGCGGCGGCAUAGCAGGGUCCAUCCAGAAAUGCGGCGGCGCCCCAAAGAGUACUACGGGCGUAUCAGGAACCGCGAAGUUCACCCUGAAUCCGACCGCUUCUGGAGCCACGAUCAAUGUAUCUAAAGGCCGCUGGGAAGGAUGCAUUCGGGCAGCGAGAGCAACAUGCCCGAGUGGCAGUUUUAAGUCAACCUGCAAAGGAGGCGCAAGCACGGGUGAUGUCGCCUUCACGCUCACUAAUCCAUAA